UGUGGAUAUAGCCAAUGACCCUUCUUUUCCUUUUUGUCUUGCUCAACUCUACUGCAUCACGAAGUUGGCGAUGAAGAUUUGCUUUUCAGGGACGUUCGAUGAGGUGGGAAUCGGCUGUUGAAAGUGGAACUAAAAUUCAAUUUCUUAAACAUUUGUCAUUCGCCGUCAAACAGAAAACUAAAACGAGGAGUUUUCACGACCAGAUCUGGAACUAAAAUGCCUGGAUCUAAAGUCCCACCCAGACAGGCCACACUUUUUUUUCUCCCCUUUUCCUUAAUGCUCGGCAGGGCCGCGUUCCUGCUCAUCGCUUUACCGCACUCUCUUGGCUCCGCGUUCAUCAAUCCAGCCGCAAACUUACGAAGCAGAUAUCCACCUUCUCGUGGGAAGAGGAGCUCAGUACCGUCGCAUUUCACUGGUUCUAAAGAAUCAGAUCCAUGUUUCUCAAGAAGCACCUGCUUCUCCUGCUCCAGCAGGUGAGCUAAUUGAAGCUCAUGGUGUAGGAAUGCCAAGUGCAUGGCCAAAAUGGAAUGUGGAAGUGAAAUUCCAUUGCACAUUUGCCUGGUAUAAAAUACCGGGCAUUAAGAUUCUAGGAUUUUGAUUCCAGGUAUUCAAACGCCACUUAAGUUGCAAAAUUUAUAUUCUUCUUCCGUUCUCUCUUCAUCUUGUUUGAUGAGAUGGGUAGCUCGGAAGACAGAGUGGUUGCCGUGAUAAUGGUUGGUGGUCCGACGAAGGGAACACGUUUCAGACCCUUGUCAUUUAACAUACCAAAGCCUCUAUUCCCUCUUGCGGGGCAGCCAAUGGUCUACCAUCCAAUUUCUGCUUGCAAAAGGAUCCCCAACUUGGCGCAGAUCUAUCUUAUAGGAUUUUAUGAAGAGCGCGAGUUUGCACUAUUCGUCUCUUCAGUAUCAAACGAAUUGAAAGUUCCUGUUAGGUACCUAAGAGAAGACAAACCGCAUGGAUCUGCUGGGGGGCUUUACAACUUCAGAGAUUUAAUCAUGGAAGAUAAUCCGUCACAGAUAGUUCUGUUGAAUUGUGAUGUUUGCUGUAGUUUCCCAUUGCCAGACAUGCUGGAUGCUCAUAGAAGAUAUGGCGGUAUGGGCACCGUCUUAGUCAUCAAGGUAUUUCCGGAGUCAGCGAGCCAGUUUGGUGAGUUAGUGGCAGAUCCAGAAACUAAUGAACUAUUGCACUACACAGAAAAACCGGAGACUUUUGUAAGUGAUCUAAUAAAUUGUGGUGUAUAUAUAUUUACAACUGAAAUUUUCUCAGUCAUCCAAGAUGUUUCUACCAUAAGAAAAGACAGAGCUACUUUGCGGCGUAUAUCCAGCUUUGAAGCUCUUCAAUCAGCAACUAAGACUCUCCCAAUGGAUUUUGUGAGGUUGGAUCAGGACAUUUUAUCCCCAUUAGCUGGAAAAAAGAAGUUGUACACUUAUGAGACCUUGGACUUUUGGGAGCAGAUCAAGACUCCAGGAAUGUCCCUUAGAUGCUCAGCUUUGUACCUUUCCCAAUAUCGGCAUACUUCCCCUGACCUUUUGGCUACUGGUGAUGGCACUAGAAGUCCCACUAUAAUUGGUGAUGUUUACAUUCAUCCUUCUGCAAAAGUUCACCCGACUGCAAAGAUUGGUCCAAAUGUCUCCAUAUCUGCAAAUGCUCGUAUAGGAGCUGGUGCAAGACUUAUCACUUGCAUCAUUCUUGAUGAUGUUGAAGUCAAGGAACAUGCAUUAAUUACUCACUCAAUUGUUGGAUGGAAGUCAUCUAUAGGGAAAUGGUCAAGAGUUCAGGGUAUAGAAGAUUACUUUGCAAAACUUGGAAUAACGAUCCUAGGGGAGUCCGUGAUUGUGGAGGAUGAGGUGGUGGUCAGCAACUGUGUUGUACUGCCUAAUAAGAUUCUCAAUAUCAGUGUACAGGCGGAGAUUAUUUUAUAAUGAAAUGAACACCGUGCUGUUUAAUCUUUCCUUUUCCCUUCCUUUCGUGCGAACAAGUCAAAAUAGCAUUAGAGUUUACUUCAUUGUAUUCUCUUAUCAACUUAAUAAAAAAUCAUUUUUUUUUA